CAGUCUGCUUUGGCUGCUAUUAUUGGGGAGUAAGUGCUAGCUGAACCUGCCAAAGGUGAGAGAAACUCUACUCCGGAUAGAAAAAGAGAAACUAGGGUUCCCCCCCCCCCCGCCCCUGGGCCAUACCUAACCAAAAUGGCGUGGUUCUGGUGCAGCAAAGCACGUGCUUAUUUUUAAGUUUGUGAGUGACUUCCUUGAAGUGAUUAGUGAUAUCAGAUGAAAGAAAGAGGAAGGAAGGAAGAAAUUCUUAAAUAUUUUCCAAAGGAAGAGACUUUUACAGUCAGACAUGGAACGGGCAUUCAAGCUGUGACGGGAGGAUGGUUUGUGCAUGUAUCCACUUCCUGGGUGUGGGGAAGCAAUCAAUAAAGUCAUUCAUCCAUUGGUGUUCCCCAAUUUGUCUGGUGUCUAUAGGCCUUGUUUUGUUGGGGAGGAAAUGACACCUCUUGUGGUUACAAGAUUGCCACACGUUUAGGAAAUAAAAAAGACAUGUGUAUGUUUCUAGCCCUUCAUAUGGAGAAAUCUCCAAUGUGUGUUAACCCAUCUGAAAAGUUCAAUAAAACUGGGAUUGUUGUGUGUGAGUCAGACAAAAUACACAAAGUGGUAGCAAUGAGCUGCUCCAGAGAAAACUUACAUGCUGUGCAACAUGUCAUGCUGAACGUUCCCUGUUCUUUGAGUAACUGCACUGUGUAUUUGUCCAGGAAACCCUGCUCCACCUGUACUACAUUUCUCAUUCAAGGAUCAGUUUCUUCAGUCUAUUACUGGCCAUUGUCUCCAGAAAUGAAAGGGGAAGAUUCAGCAGUUCAGGAAGAUCUCAAGCAAGUUGACCAAAUGUUUCUCAGAAGUAAUAUAAGUAGCAGUGUUUUUCUACCAAUCGCGGACUCUGACACUGUAUUUAAGAUUUCAUCUAGAAUCAAAAUAUACAAGUGCACAGAAUGCAGUUCCCAUUAUGCUGAGGCUGUCCCUAAAGACAUGGAAAAAAAUAGUUCAUUGCUUAAUAUGCAAGGCCAUAUAAGGAUAUGUGCAGAGCAGACGAAGAAUGCAUUGUGUUGCCUUGAUUGUUUACUGCACUGUCCCCAUGGAGAAUUUGAAAAAAAAGAAAAGAUUGAAGUGGAAAAAAUGCACACACAUGCAUUGCAGCUUUGUUAUCUUUUAGCAGCAAGAUCUGAUGAUCCAGAUCGAGGUGUGGGUUGCAUAUUAUACAGUCAGAAUGGAUAUUUUUUUGGGGCAGGUUAUAAUGGAUAUCCUAUUGGUGCAAUAUUUGCAAACCUGCCUUGUGCAGGUAGAAACAUCAAAAAAGAGUCGGGAACAGCAAAAGGACCAGUCCUUAUCCAUGCUGAAGCAAAUGCUCUACUAUUCAGAUCCAGAAAAAAAAUAGAAGAGAACGAUGUUCUUUACUGCACGAAACCUCCCUGCUCUGAAUGUCAGAACUAUAUACAGUUUGUGGGCAUAAAGAAAAUUGUUUCUGUACAAGAAUCAUCACAGUCAUCGUCAAACCAACAAGACUCCACAGACUCUUUAAAGAGCAACUUUGAAUAUUAUCAGUGGAAACCUCAAUAUGCGGAAUGUUCUGCUUCCCCCUUCAGUAAGCAAACAGAGAAUUCAGAAAAAAGAGAUGGAGAGGAAACAGAAAGAAAGAAUGAUAAAGGUCCUCCUCCUCGUCUACCAAAUAAAGAAGACCUGUGCAUUUUCUUAGCACUCCAUAUGGAAAAUUCACCAAACUGUCAAGAGCCAAGUUGUAAAUAUGUGCGUAACAAACAAAAAGAAACAAAAUUUUUCAAAACUGGAAUUGUCAUCUGUGAAGCUAACAAACCGAAAAGGAUUAUUACAAUGGACUGCUCCACUGAAGAUCUUCAUGCGGUGCCAAAAGCAUUGUUAAGAUUUCCAAAUGCACUGAGAGGCUGUGAAGUUUACCUGUCUCGAAUGCCUUGCAUCAGUUGUGCAAAACUUUUGAUUCAAGCUCAAGUUUCUCAAGUGUAUUACUGGCCUAAUCUUGAAAUACAAACAACAGAAGUAAAUCUGAAAAACAUUGAAAUGGAAGCUGAACAUGUUGAUAACAUCUUUAGGGAAAGCUACAUCACUGCAGCAGUCUACAUACCAAUAUUAGAUGUUGAAACAGUGAAGCAAAGGAUUUUCCCACGAACAGGAUCUCCACCAGUUGAUAAGAACACCACUCCAAUUACCUCUGUGUAUAAUCAUAAACGAUCACCUAAACUUUUAGAAAUACUUAACCUGGCGCACAUUACAAAAGAUAAAUUAUUCCAAGAAUCAUACAGAGAUGAUAUUAUUAAAGCAAUGCAAUCUUUUCAGACACUGGCAGGUGGCAUUGAUACCGAAAUAAAGGAAAAUAAUUUUCAAGAGGAUAAACAUGCCAUUCAAAGAGAACCCAAGUAUAUUCACGCGUUGCAGCUCUGUAACUUACUAGCAGCCAGAAAUGACAGUCCUAAUACUGGAGUGGGGACACUGAUCUACAGAAAAGAAGACAUUGUUGCUGUUGGCUACAAUGGAUUUCCAAAAGGGACAGUGAAUAGUUUGUUUUCACAGAAGGAUGAUGGUAGUUGUGACCAGCAUGCAAUCAUCUGUGCAGAAGCUAAUGCAAUUAUUCUGAGAACUGAGGAUGAUCUGAGUGACACUGAAUUAAUCACCACAUAUGAGCCCUGUAGUGUCUGUGAAAACCUAAUUAAAGCAAUGAAGAUAAAGAAAAUCAUUUGGCCUAAUCGAGAUGAAAAAAAGCAACCAGAAGGUGCAACUAAAGAUCCAACAGAUGGAAUCCCACAUUCAGAAGAAGAAGAAAAUAAUCCAAGCACUGAAUCCUUUCAGGUAAAAUGCAGCAUCAAAAAAGUCAUGAGCAUUUGUGAUGAAAAGAUUUUAGCACUCCAAGCUGAUCGAGAGAAAUGUAAUAGAAAGGAUGCUGAAGGAACUCCAGUCUCAGGAGAGAAGGAAGGAAAGACAAUGGAAAUACAGUCACCAGCAGAUGAGGAACAUGCUUCUGGUCAGCAGGCCAUUUUAAAUUCGUCUGAAGUGUCUGCAUCCCACAGAGAUGACAUAGUGAAAGAAGACAGAGAAAAAACAAAUCCUUUAUUGGCUGAGACUGAAUCAGAGCUAGAAACUGAAUCCUUGGACAAACCAAAAGAGUCACAUAAUGCAGAAGAGCCAUCUGUGAAUGCUGCAGAAGAUGAACCAGCAUAAACAUCAGAACAAUCAGAAGAGUUUUAGGGACAUAGCAACCCCCCAAAAAUAUCUCAGUUAAGUAUCAGGUUUUUAAUCUUGAGAUGCCUAUGCAUUUUAAUUGUAUAGGUACCUCUUUCCAUAAGUCUCUAG